AUGUGCCUUCCUAUAAUGAAAAUGCUGAGCGCCUAUGGGGGCUUAUCUUUGCUUAUCAUGCUAUUCAUCAGUUCCAACUUCGGUUGGUCCAGAGGUUGCUUGGCCGAAGAGAAAAGAGCUAUCCAAGAAAUCUUAAAUUCUAUAAGCUACCAAUCCACAUCCUCUCUAUCAGACAGCUUCACUGAUGAUUGUUGCCAGUGGGAGGGAGUUGAUUGCAGCCGCACAAGUUCCCAUGUGGUCAGAAUUUUUUUUGACUCAUUAGGGGAAGAAGAAGAUGUAGUAGAAGUAGAAGGUUUAUGGAAUCCUGAUAUGAAUCUUUUUGCUCAACUCAAAGAAUUGCAAGAAUUGCAGCUCACCAGAAAUCGCAUUAGUAGACUGCUUAACCCAGAAGCGUUGUGCACACUAACGAACCUGCAACUUUUGGACCUCUCAUAUAACUCCAUCGAAAAUGAUAUGCCUGCAUGUUUGGCUAACAUGUCAUCACUCAGAAUCCUAAGGUUAUCAAGGAACCAGUUUCAGGGAGAUCUCACCAUUUUUAGCAACCUAUCAAACAUCGAGGAGAUUGAUGUUUCUCAUAACCUUUUCCAAGGCCUGAUCACACUUUCCACUUUUGCCAAUCUCUCAAAGUUUAGUUUUCUUGACCUUUCUUACAACCUUCAUUUAGAAGUUGAGUCUGAAUCUCCAACCUGGAAUCCUUCUUUCCAAAUACAACAUUUGUUUUUGGCAGGAUGCAAUCUCAACUGCAGAAGUAGCAAACUUGUCCCUCUCUUCCUUUCCACUCAAUACAACCUAAAGACUUUAGACUUAUCUAACAACUUUCUUGGAGGACCCUUUCCAGCUUGGAUGCUCCAGAAUGUUUCUUCUGUGUUGACGCUGAGGGGCAAUUCAUUUUUUGGUCAAUUUCCUGGUUCUUAUCGUAAUAUGGAAUUGACGCUGGCUGAGCUGGACAUCUCCUGUAACCAUUUUGAUGGGGAAUUGCCCUCAAACAUAGGCAGUUUUCUCCCAAAACUGUAUGCAUUCAAUGCUUCCUCAUGUGGACUUACUGGUACCAUUCCACCAUCAUUAGGAGAAGUGAACGCUUUAGAACACUUGGACUUAUCUAACAAUCACUUCCAUGGAGAUAUACCGAGUGGCCUAACCAAAAGCUCAGCCCUGUGGUACUUAAAUCUGUCUAACAAUCGCUUAGGUGGUGGGUUGCUUCCAAAAGAUUGCAAUAUGACAAAACUGAGAUGGUUGCUACUGCACAAUAACUCUUUCCUUGGAAAUAUACCCAAUUGCUUGUCAAACAGCCAGUCUUUGUUGAUGGUGGAUGUUGGAUACAACAAGUUGUCAGGAAUGCUUGCUGGUGGAAUGCUAAUUUUCCCAGAAUUAGGUGCACUCCUAUUAAGAGUAAACAAUUUCAGUGGAAACAUUUCAAUUCAAUUAUGUAAAAUGCCAAAAUUGCAGUUCUUGGACCUCUCCAACAAUGACUUCUCUGGGUCAAUUCCUCCUUGUAUCAGCAACAACUUCUUUUGGACAAUGAAGUCCCAGGCAAACUCUUGGGUCCCAAUUGAUUUUACAACCAAAGGAAAUGCAUAUUCUUUCCAAGGCAUUCCACUCACUUUAAUGACAGGGAUUGAUCUAUCUGAUAACCAGUUGACAGGAACAAUCCCAGACCAAAUGAGCAAAUUACAUGAACUUCAUUCUUUGAACCUGUCCUAUAAUCUUUUGGGUGGCCAUAUUCCCACAUCCUUCGUGCAUCUCACAAGCUUGGAGAGCCUAGACCUUUCUCACAACAGGUUAACAGGGCAAAUUCCUCGGGAAUUUAGCCACAUGAGUUCUCUUACAACUCUUCGCCUAGCUUUUAAUGAUCUUUCAGGCAGGAUCCCAUUUGAUGAACAACUUACCACAUUCUCUGAGAGUAGUUACAUAGGCAAUCCAAAGCUGUGUGGUGAACCACUAGAAAGGCACUGCUCAAAGAACACCAAUGAUGUCAACCAAGAUGAUGGAAAAGAAGAAGGAAGAGAAGCAAAGAACUUGGAGGAGGAGCGUAGAGUCAUUGAUGAACCUCUCUUCUUCUAUUCAUUUGUCUUCAUGUCUUAUGCACUUGGGUUUUGGAGUGUUGUCGCCCCUUUAUGCUUCAGCAGGAACUGGAGGAGAAAAUAUUACACUGCCAUCGAUGGAUGGAUGAAUUACUGCUGCCGGAAGAUGUUCUGA